AUGCUGUUCACACAGCUGUUUGCUCUUGCUGUAGCACUACUUUCACCUACGGCUGCCGGACAUGACCAACCACCAUAUCUAACGUGGAUGGCCGACACCUUUAUUCAGGACGGAGUCACUCCCAACUACGGUUACCAAGUGGCAACGCUUUACCUUGGCUUUGAAAAAGCUUAUGAGAUUUCUAAUGAUGAAAAGUACCUUGACUGGUACAAGGGCCAGAUCGAUGACCAUGUUGUGCUUGAGAACGGAACCAUCAAAAAAUGGAAUUACACAAGAUACGUUCUUGACGAGUAUCGGAUUGCCAACAACUACUUGUACCUCUACGAUAGAACCGGUUUAGAAAAGUACAAGUCGGCAGCCAACAUCGUCCGUAACAUGAUAAACUCCACCCCUAGGUCCCCAUCUGGAGGUUUUUGGCAUCAAAUAUUCUUCCGCAACCAGAUGUGGCUUGACGGGCUAUUCAUGGCCCAGCCGUUCUAUGCAAAAUGGACACAUAGAUACGAUGCAGACAAUCAGACCGCUUGGAAUGACAUCCUCCUCCAAUAUGAUCUCAUUGAGACUCAUGCGCGGAACAAAAGCUCUGGACUCAUUCCCCACGGAUGGGCAGACGGACAGGCAACAUGGGCGGACCCGGUAACAGGAGUUUCACCUCACGUGUGGGUUCGAGCUCUUGGAUGGUAUUUCAUGUCGCUGGUCGAGGUCCUCCAAGUCUUCCCUACCUCCCACUCAGGCUAUGAAAGGCUUAUGGGCUAUUUCGUAUCUCUGGCAGAGGCUUUGAAGAAGACACGAGAUGUGGACUCCGGAACCUGGUGGCAAGUUAUGGAAGACCCAUACCCAACGUAUGAGGAGAAUUUCAUAGAGGCCAGUGGUUCUGCCAUGUUUACAUACGGAUGGUUUAAGGGCAUUGCGCUUGGAUACUUACCGAAGGAGGCCUACUUGGAGACAGCAAAGGACGCAUAUACCAGCAUCGUGAAGAAUUUCAUUUCGGAAGCGGAGGAUAAUCGUCUUGUUCUUCACGGGACGGUCGAUGAGUGUAAUCUCAUCGGCAAAGUGGACCUUGCCUAUUAUUUCAGCAGACCAAUUAGAGACAACCAUAAAAAUGGUGUUGGGCCAUUUAUGCUUGCAUCUUUUGAAUGGGAGACCUGGGCUAGAGAUGCGUGA